AUGUUUGUUGUCUUUGUGUAGGAGUGGAGCUCAAUCACACAUCUUUUCCCUCUUCCCCGUAUCCUUUUAAAACUCUCCCCCUGGGUCCAUACCCUCCCGAACCUGUCCCCCUCUGCCCCUAAAACCCCACCCUCCCCUGAAAACAUUUCAACACACGAAUCAGCCUUGAUCCUUAAAUUGCUUCAGGUCCAGCUUUGUGACCAAAGACCCCUCGCCUACUGCCUUCAGGUUACUUUCCCUUCAAGCCAUCAGUAUGGACUCCGGUGUGGUUGAAGGAGGACUCAAUGUCACCCUGACUAUCAGACUGCUUAUGCAUGGCAAGGAAGUUGGAAGCAUAAUUGGAAAGAAAGGUGAAUCUGUGAAGAAAAUGAGAGAGGAGAGCGGCGCGCGCAUCAACAUUUCAGAAGGCAACUGUCCGGAGAGAAUCAUCACUCUCGCAGGCCCCACCACUGCCAUCUUCAAGGCGUUUUCCAUGAUUAUUGACAAACUAGAGGAGGACAUCAGCAGUUCUAUGACCAACAGCACAGCCACCAGCAAACCCCCCGUUACGCUGCGUAUCGUUGUGCCCGCCAGUCAGUGUGGGUCCCUAAUUGGCAAGGGAGGUUGCAAGAUCAAAGAAAUCCGAGAGUCCACUGGUGCGCAAGUACAGGUUGCUGGGGAUAUGUUGCCAAACUCAACAGAGCGAGCCAUCACCAUCGCCGGCACCCCUCAGUCCAUCAUUGAGUGUGUCAAGCAGAUCUGUGUGGUAAUGCUAGAGUCACCUCCAAAAGGUGUGACCAUCCCCUACAGGCCCAAGCCCUCUGGCUCGCCGGUGAUCUUCGCUGGAGGACAGGCAUAUGCCGUUCAAGGACAGCAUGCGAUUCCCCAGCCUGAUCUCACCAAACUUCACCAGCUUGCUAUGCAGCAAAGUCCCUUCCAGCUGACACCUAGCAACCAAGGUUUUACUGCUGGUUUGGAUGCCUCUACUCAGACUGCUUCUCAUGAGAUGACCAUUCCCAAUGACUUGAUUGGAUGCAUAAUUGGCCGCCAAGGGGCAAAGAUUAACGAGAUCAGGCAGAUGUCUGGUGCUCAGAUUAAGAUUGCCAAUCCAGUGGAGGGCUCCUCUGACCGCCAAGUCACCAUCACCGGCUCUGCCGCCAGCAUCAGCCUCGCGGAGUACCUCAUUAAUGCCAGGCUUUCGUCAGAGGCUACAGGACUGGCGACCAACUGAUAAAUGAGCGUGUGCGCCCUGGUCCUCAUGUACCACCCCCUCAGAGCCCCAGAGCUGUCAGAGUCCCAUUUAACACUAGCCAUCCUAAUUCAGCACAGACUUGCCCGUCAUCCUCGUCACUUUGGAUUCUUUAUUUCCAUUUCCUGUAUGAGUUGUUUUUAAAGUACAUUUGGCUCAAUUUGCAACUUUUAGUAAAGUUUUUUUUUUUUUGUGGGAUUUUGUUUUCUUUGGGAAAAUAUUGUGCUCACUAAUUGUCAAGAGUUAGGGCUGGAAAAUCUGAAUGGGUUUAGGUUAAAUUUUGUAAUUUGAUUGCAUCUUGUUUUUUCCCUCUUAAGAUAAAAUGAAAAAUGGAAAAAAAAGAAAAAUAAAAAGAACAAAAAAAUAUAUUUUUUAAGUCCACCCAAUCACUGACCUCUCUUCUCACUAAUGACUGAGGACUGUAAAAUUUGGAAAUAAGGAACCGUUGGUCUGGGUUGUGCUGAAGAUGACUGGUGCAUGUGUUUGUGUCAUUCUUAGGAAGUCCUGCAAAUUAAACAGUACCUGAUUAUAUUUAUCAAUACUGAAUAUCUCUUUUAUUAUAAUUUGUUUAGUUUAGUAUUGUACUUUAUAACUGACUCUUUAACCUGAUGCUUCAAAGAUAUAUUUGAGUAGACUAAAUGAGGUGAGGCUGAUGUAAAGGUCAUAAAAGCAUUGUACUUACUCACUGGACCUCCUGCCUAUGUGGUCUCUUGCUAAGUUAAGUGUAAUGGGAGCUACAUGUUUAAUCCAGGACUAUCCACUUGUCUUGCAACCUGAAAGCUCCAGUUGUAUCAAAGAAACUUCCUAUUGUUUUAGCAGUGUUUGUCACCUAUGCUAACGUUACCAUUUUUCCACCUUCCCUCUUGUGCUGGUUGAUUUGCAUAAUGAAAACUUAUUUGAAGUUGGAUUGUGGGGAAACUGGGUAAGUUUCUGAACUGAAGAGAAUGAGCUGCUUAUUUUAUAAACAUCGGUAACACUUUACUUCACUGUUACGUUGUAACUAUACAGUUAUUUUCAGUGUAAUGUACAGUAAAAUAUAACCUACUGUACUUAUACCAACAGAGUAGUAGUGUGCUACCUAGCAUCGCAAUGAUACUCAGUCUAUUACACUUUUAUUAAUGGUAUAGUUACCCUGUAAUGGUAUAAUGUAAAGAAUUACUGACACACUCUCUCUCUCUCACACACACACACACACAAAUUACACUUUUUGUAAAAACUGAUUACUGAGUUGGAAUAUUAUGUUAUGAAAUGGAUAACUUUUUUUUCUUUUCAAUUUUGUUUUUUAAAAUAAACCCCCAUGUGGGGUGAUGAUUCUUGUUUAAGACUGUCUAUUAAUGUGACUGGGAAAAGCCAUAGAUCACAAGCUGAUAAAACAUAAGGAAACACAUUAACACUACUCUCCUGCGCUAUGCUUUUCGCUUAAGUCAGACUUUAUUUUUAUGGUUGUCAAAAUGAUGUUUGUGCACAUCCUCAGAAAAAUGACUGUAGAUUUGGGUGUUAAAAAAUCAUUGGGGAAAAUAUUAAAGGACAUGUACUGCUUGAUGAA